GAAUGCUUGGCAUAUUUCUCGGCUAACUUCCGGCAAACUCCUGGUAGAGCGAUCGAGAAAAUGGUGGGCUUCGGUGAAAGGAGAAAAAGUUGAUUUUCCUCGAUUGAUCGCGAAGGGAUUUUGUACCACAGUUGGAUUUUACGAUAGAUGUACUGUGUGUGGGACCUAUCAACAAGUAGUAUUGCUGUUCUAGCCUUCCAACAUGUCGGCCUGUUCAGUUUGUGUGAGCCUGCAACCGGGACGGGUGCGCGCUCGGGCACUCAGCCUACAGGUGUUGAGGAGGAAGGAUGUCCUCCACGUGGAACAGCUCAGAGAACAACAACGGCCCGCCUAGCACAGGAGAUGAUGACCUGGACAGUAACAAAGAUGACCUCACUGAUGCGGAGGGGGUGUGGAGCCCUGACAUAGAGCAGAGUUUUCAGGAAGCUCUGGCCAUAUACCCACCAUGUGGCCGCAGGAAAAUUAUUUUAUCAGAUGAAGGAAAAAUGUAUGGUCGAAAUGAGUUGAUAGCUCGAUACAUCAAAUUACGGACAGGAAAGACGAGAACCAGAAAACAGGUGUCCAGUCACAUACAGGUGCUGGCCAGGAGAAAGGCCAAAGAAAUACAGGCCCAAUUAAAGACCUCUCCCAGAUUUCUUGGAUUACAUGACCAAUCAGCCAAGGACAAAGCCUUACAGAGCAUGGCAUCUAUGUCCUCUGCUCAGAUCGUGUCUGCCAGUGCUAUUCACAACAAGGCUGUGGCCUCAGGACUAGCUGGCCUCAACCCUGGAAUGAACCCAGUGCGACAACCCUACCCCUCAACACCCACCUUUUGGCAGCCAGGUUUAGCACCACAGAGCGAUGUUAAGCCUCCAUUUGCGCCCGGCUAUGGUCUCGACACAAAACCUCCGUCCUCAUUAACCAGUGAAGUCGCCCCCCCAGCCUGGCAGGGCAGAUCUAUAUCAGGGCCAAAGCUAAGACUUGUGGAAUUUUCAGCCUUCUUGGAACAACAGCGUGAUCCCGAGUCAGUUAAUUAUCACAAACAUUUGUUCGUCCACAUUGGGUCCAACCCCACGUACUCAGAUCCACUUUUAGAGGCUGUUGAUAUUCGGCAUUAUGAUAAAUUUCCUGAGAAGAAAGGAGGAUUAAAGGAAUUGUAUGAUAAAGGUCCACAGUCUGCUUUCUUCCUUGUCAAAUUUUGGGCUGAUUUAAAUACAAACGUCCAGGAUGAAUCAAGUGCUUUUUUUGGGGUCACAAGCCAGUGAGUAGCCAGUGAAAACAUGAACAUCACAUGUUCAACAAAAGUGUGUUCAUUUGGGAAACAAGUGGUGGAAAAAGUAGAGACGGAGUACUCUAGGUUUGAGAAUGGGAGGUUUGUCUAUCGGAUCCACCGCUCACCAAUGUGUGAAUAUAUGAUCAACUUCAUCCAUAAGCUAAAACACCUACCUGAGAAAUACAUGAUGAACAGCGUCCUGGAAAACUUCACAAUUCUUCAGGUGGUGACGAAUCGAGACCAGCCUGAGACAUUGCUGUGUAUCGCAUACGUGUUUGAGGUGUCCACCAGCGAGCACGGAGCUCAGCAUCACAUCUAUAGGCUGGUGAAGGACUGAGGCAGCAACUGUGGGGGAUUCCCCGUCGCAUGACGCCAGUGUGCAACUGUUACUGACCUUAGUGGUGCAAGUGUCAUCCAGCCAGCAGUGCCACCACGCCUUGCGUGAAACAUUGUGAAGACUUGCAAUUGGUGGAUCAGAGCAGGCUAAACCCUCGUGAAAUCGUCUCCAUUUAAGCGAAAACUGAAUGUCAUGGAAGGCAAACCCAAGCCUAUUCUCGGUUUUGGCAAGGAGUAUUUCUUUUUUUGCAACAAAUAAAGGGUGUGCGAAGGGGUUUACAGGACUUUCUUUUCCCCCAUGAGUCCCUCACCUAAGGUCACAAGUUGAUCUGUUAUUGUUUUGUCGUUACAUGUUAUAAUAGUUUGUUAUUAAAGCUGCAACAUAGAAUUCAUUAUGAAAUCACAGCCACCCCCAGGACGGUUGGUAGUGCCUCAUUUUGGGUCGCCUAGUCUGGUGGACAGGUUGGAAUUCUUCAUGCAAUUUACAAUCACGCAUCACAUCCGUGCCUAUGAAAUGUAUUUUAUGGAUAGCAAUAGAUGUAACCUCUCCACUGUGCAUAUUUUUUAUCUUCUACCCAUUGCUAUCUGGUAUCAUCUGUGUAUAUACGACAUUGUAGAACAAAAGCCAUGUUGUUUUCCGUUUUCUUGUUUUUUUUACAUCCACAUUUUUUUAUUAUUAUUAUUAUAGCAUGUGUAAGGUCAGCGUAAGUGUUUCACAUUGUAUUAAGGUCUUUGUCACGUAGUGUUUUAGAUAGUUGAAUCAUUACUUAGUGUACGUACUGUGUUUUAUGUACAGUGGAGCGUUGUAUCAGCUUUAGUUUGUGUUGCAACCUUGAAUCAGACAUGCCAGAGGUGUGCUGUUACAGCUAAGGAAAGUGUACCUUCAAGAGUAUUAUGUAUUAUAUACCUUUUUCAAGUCAGCUUCUCGUUUGUACCUGUAGAAAGGUACAUGUGGUUUGUGUAGUUCUGUCUACACUCAGGUUCAGUGCUGAAUAAUAUUCCUGUGUUAUGUUAAGAUAGGUAUAGAAGUUGUUGGAUUUGACAUAUAUACCUGGGUUUUUUAAAAUUUUUUAUGGUGUUCUGUCCAUAUAUGCAUGUGGCUUAACGAUAUCUGGGGGCUGAUCAUUUUGUGAAGGACGACUAUACUUUACAUAGGUUGAUCAUUAUGGAUGCCUUUAAGUGUUUUACAGCUGCAUUUGAUUGUGCAAAGUUUAGCCUUGGUGUAUUUUAGGUGUUCGCUGAUUAAAAAAGAGAUGUUAAAGAUAUUUACAAAGUAUACUUACAUGUGGGUUGUGUGGUCUAAUUUCAAAGAAGUGUUUCUACUGAUAUGGUGAAGUCGUGCCUUACAGUCUUACCGGAAAGUUACUUAUCUUUGCUAUGACUUUUAGCACUAUCAUUAUAAUGUCUGUGGGAAGGUUAGGAAUCGGCUAGGAUGUGGUAGGUUAUGAGAAAAAAAAAUUUCCCCUAAUUUCAUGAAAAGGUAGUUUUGAUUGGGUUAUUAUUGGGAGUGAAAAAAAUGCACUUUUGUAAAGGAUAUUUAGAAAUUGCAUAUAUGCAAUGUUAAGAGUGCUGAGAAAUCCUAUAGUGUUGAUGUAAUGUUGUAAGUACUGGUUACUUACAUUUAAUUAUAAGAGGACUUAGCUACAAGCUACACUCAUACCUCAGGAAAAUUGAGUUCUCUCUGCUAGGUGUUGAGAUACAUGCACUUUUCUCUGUGGCAUUACAACCUAUGCAUGGCCACCGACUAAAGCCUGCUGCUGGUGUAGGAUAGGGUUCAGGGGAGACAAUUCUGUAUGAACAGGCUACAAACGCUCCUCUCUGUGCAAACAUUGACAUGGUGCCCAAGUGCCUUGUGUGUUUUCAUCCCUCCAUUGAUGUGUACUGUUGUUGCUUCAUCUUUAACCCUAUACACUGGUUAAAUUUCAUUUUAUGUUACAAUAAGAGUGGUUGUCAUCUUUUUUUUUAUGUCUGAAAUAUGAACAUGUAAAUAUUAUUCUAUAGGUACAUAAAUUUUUUUUUUUUUUUUUUAGCAUGAAGUACAUUUUCCGCAGCAUCAAUUUUCUAAUAUUUGCCAAUUUUCUCCACCAUGUUUUCCCCUUUGUACAUGUACAUGCUGGCCUCGUGGUAUUUUAUGAUAACUUUUUACCCUGUGUGUAUUCUACGAGUUCUUUUUAUUUACAUUGAAGUCAAAUUUAGUCAAAUGGUCAUAAUGGAUGUUUUAUAUCCAGCUAUCAGAUGUACAUGUACUUGUUUUCUAAAUUGCUUUAGGGAUAUUGCAAGCCUUUUGAGAAGCUAGCAAUAAAUUUUUGGGGAGGGAAGUGUAAUAUUUUUUUGAGGGUGGGAUGUUUAUUUAUUAGUUUUAUAUAGAGCGAUGUAUGCAAAACGUAGGGCCUUAUAAAGGUGCAAAUCCCAGAACGCAGAAAAUCAGAAAUUAAAGUUGUUGGAUAGUAUAAAGGGAUAACAUAAGGAUUUGGUAGAUUGAUUUAGUAUUUAGUGAAAGACACAAAAAUAUUUCCAUAAUGCCAACUUAGCAGGAACUCCAAAGUGUACUCUCUAACAUUCAAACAAUAUGUUUUGUGGACAGGUUGUCUGUUGACCAAUCAAGUUCAUGAACAUUCUUGAUUAUUUGAUAUUUUCUGUAUAAAAACAGUUUCUUUUUUUAACUUUAUUAGACUCCCGUCAUUGUUCUUGUGCCUGACAAGUGCAAGAUGAAAUCUGAAGCAACAUAUUUAAAACUUCUUCCUGAGUUUACAUUUUUUCAUGAAUGAAACUCACAGCAUUUUGCUUCCAGCCAUUAAGAUAUGUCUCUGAUUUGGUCAGUAUAUUUGUUUCCCAGUAUGCUGACUGGGUGAACUUGAGUAUAGUUUGUCACACAGGUUUCUGCUUGUUGGUCAUGUUGUGUCCAGCACACAAAAGUCAUUACAGUAUAUUCUCAUCCCAACAACUGCUCCAAGGUACCCACCUCCCAGAUCAUACCCUCCAUUCUAUAUUGUAGUCAAAUACACCUCCGUUUACCAGCUGUCAGCCUGAAAAGUAACAUAUAUAUAAUAAAGCAGGUGAAGUAUUUUU